ACAGUACUUGAACCAAGGUCCAACCAUCGCAACACAUAAACGGUCAUGUCCCGAUACAACAAUAACCAAUACCCGCCCCAGGCAGGCUCCUCACCACACCAACAGCCUUACUAUGCAGGCCCUCCCCAGCGUGCCCAUACCAAUAAUUCGAUGCGCUCCCCACCCUCGCCGAACAUGACCCCGGGCUACCUCCCACCACAGCCCAUUGGCUACAGUGGCCCUGGAGGUCCCGGAGGAUAUAACCACGGUGUUCCUCAUCAUGGCUACGAUAUCGACGACAGCGACGGUGCAGGACUUAUGAACAACCAAGGUCGUGCUGGUGGCCAUCUUCCACCCAGCGGAUACCCUAAUGGACCAGGGCCUCUUCCACGCUCUGCAUCCAAGCUCGAUAGAGCGGCGACGAUGAAUCGCAGGUCGGUUUGUCACGUUCCUCUGACGGAUGGCAACCUUGUCAUGGACUGCCCUGUCCCCCGACAGCUGCUCCAAAACGCACACUUCAAGGGCGAACGUGAAUUCGAAUACAUGCGCUACACCGCCGCCACAUGCGACCCCAAUGACUUCUUCAAGGAGCGUUACACUCUCCGACCAACGAUUUACCGUCGCCAAACAGAGCUGUUCAUCGUCAUGACCAUGUACAACGAGGACGACGAGCUCUUUAUCAAGACAAUGGGCUCAGUCAUGAAAAACAUCUCUCAUCUUUGCACCCGCGCCAAGUCUAAGACCUGGGGCAAGGAUGGUUGGAAGAAGGUCGUCGUCUGUGUUGUGGCCGAUGGUCGGAAAAAAUGUCACCCUCGUGUUCUUAAGGUCUUGUCAGCCAUGGGUGCCUACCAGGAGGGCAUCGCCAAGGACACCGUCGCAGGCAAGCCCGUCACCGCCCACAUCUACGAGUACACCACUCAGGUCAUGGUCGACUCUGACCUCAAGGUCCGGAGUGCAGACCGCGGUAUCGUGCCCGUCCAGAUCUUGUUCUGUUUGAAGGAGCAGAACAAGAAGAAACUGAACUCCCAUCGCUGGUUCUUCAAUGCAUUCGCCCCUCAACUGAAUCCCAACGUCUGCAUUCUUCUCGAUGUCGGAACAAAGCCCUCGGGAACGAGUAUUUACCAUCUCUGGAAAGCCUUUGACCGUGACUCUUCCAUCGGCGGCGCUUGUGGAGAGAUUUGCGCUGAUCUGGGACCAAACUGCAGCAAUCUCCUCAACCCAUUGGUCGCUUCGCAGAACUUUGAGUACAAGAUGUCCAACAUUCUCGAUAAGCCUCUAGAGUCUGUCUUUGGAUAUAUUUCUGUCCUGCCCGGAGCAUUCUCUGCAUACCGCUACAAGGCUCUCAAGGACUCCUCGCCUGGUGUCGGUCCAUUGUCGUCCUACUUCAAGGGAGAGACCAUGCACACAUCUGGAGAAGCAGGCAUCUUCGAGUCUAAUAUGUAUCUGGCCGAGGACCGUAUUCUAUGCUUUGAACUGGUCGCAAAGAAGAACGAGGCAUGGCUGCUCAAGUAUGUCAAGUCUGCCAAGGCCGAGACGGAUGUGCCGGACAACAUUGGCGAGUUCAUCUCUCAGCGUCGUCGCUGGCUCAACGGCUCCUUCUUCGCGGCUUUUUACUCGCUCGCCCACUUCACCCGUGUCCUCACCUCCGGCCAAGGCUUCUUCCGCAAGAUCUUUCUGAUGUUCGAGUUCUUAUACAACGCCAUCAAUCUCAUCUUCAAUUGGUUCUCGCUCGCCAAUUUCUACCUCACCUUUUACUUCUUGACAGUCGCUGCUGCAAACAAUUCCAACGACCAGUUCACGCCCUUUGGUGAAUGGGGUAAAGUUACGUUCGGCGUCUUGCGUCAGGUUUAUCUCGCUGCCAUCAUCACCGUCUUUAUCUGUUCUCUCGGUAACCGACCUCAAGGAUCGCGAUUUAUCUACAUCCUCGCCAUACUGCUGUUCGCUGUCAUCAUGGGCGUCAUGCUCUAUCUUGCGGCGGCAACAGUAUAUGCUGUGACUGUGGCCAAUUGGGGAGACUAUCACCACAUGCUGGAAUUGCUCAAGGUCCAAGGGCCCUUCCGGGACACGGUCAUCUCGUUGAUCUCGACCUAUGGACUGUACAUCAUCUCUUCGCUGAUGCACUUCGAGCCAUGGCAUAUGUUCACGUCCUUCAUCCCUUACCUUUUCCUGCUCCCUGCCUAUGUCAACAUUCUGAUGGUGUACGCCUUCUGUAACACACAUGACGUCUCGUGGGGAACCAAGGGUGACAACAAGGCACCCGAACUUGGAGGAACGACUAAGGUCACCAAGGACGGUCAGGAGGUCAUCAAGCUGGAAAAGCCGACCAACCGUGAGGAUAUCGAUGCUAUUUACCAGCUCAAUAUGCAAGAACUCUCGGUCCGACCAGAGCAUGUGAAGGAGAAGCGAGAUAAGAAGACAAAGCAGGAGGAUUACUACAAGAUGUUCAGGACGCGUCUGGUUUUGACGUGGAUGUUCUCGAAUGCGGCGCUGAUUAUUGCGAUGACGAGUAGUGUCGCGUUCAACAGGGAUGAUGCCGCGGCACCGAAUGCACCCGCAAGCAAGGACGAGAUGUUCAACCCAUACCUUUCGAUGAUUUUCUGGAGUGUCGCGGCGCUCAGUGCGGUACGCUUUGCUGGAUCAAGUAUCUACCUCAUCUUGCGUGCCCUAUUUGGUUAAGAUGCUCUUGUUCAUUUUCGUUAUAGUAUUAUAUGCGCCUCUUCACUUGUCAUAUUGUCCUCCUCUCCAUAUUCCCAUUCUACGCACUACGCCGACUAGAAUAAAGCAUCAUUAUCUAUUGAAUACCAAUCCUUGAUGUCCGCAUGCCUCAGCAAUUAUGGGCCAGAGCAAAAGGUCGAUGAGUCUUCUCAAGCAAUCAAAAAUCUGGCACUCUCAAAGGAACUAAAUAAAAUGCGCUCAAAGUUGAGGGGUCAGUGCGAGAGAGCUGGCAAUUCCAG